AUCAGCAAAUGUUCAUUUUUGGGUGUACUAUUCCUUUAAGUAAAAAGUCUAAAAAUACUUUCCAUGCACUUUGAAUACACAUGAGUGAGUGUACAUACAGUUGAAGUCAGAAGUUUACAUACACCUUAGCCAAAUACAUUUAAACUCUGUUUUUAACAAUUCAUGACAUUUAAUCGUAGAAAACAUUCCCUGUCUUAGGUCAGUUAGGAUCACCAUAAGAAUGUGAAAUGUCAGAAUAAUAGUAGAGAGAAUGAUUUAUUUCAGCCUUUAUUUCUUUCAUCACAUUCCAGUGGGUCAGAAGUUUACAUACACUUUGUUACUAUUUGGAAGCAUUGCCUUUAAAUUGUUUAACUUGGGUCAAACGUUUGGGUAGCCUUCCACAAGCUUCUCACAAUAAGUUGCUGGAAUUUUGGCCCAUUUCUCCAGUCAGAACUGGUAUAACUGAGUCAGGUUUGUAGGCCUCCUUGCUCGCACAUGCUUUUUCAGUUUUGCCCAAAAAUGUUCUGUCAGAUUGAGGUCAGGGCUUUGUGAUGGCCACUCCAAUACCUUGACUUUGUUGUCCUUAAGCCAUUUUGCCACAACUUUGGAGGUAUGCUUGGGGUCAUUAUCCAUUUGGAAGACCCAUUUGUGAUGAGCUUUAAGUUCCUGGCUGAUGUCUUGAGAUGUUGCUUCAAUAUAUCCACAUAAUUUUCCUUCCUCAUGAUGCCAUCUAUUUUGUGAAGUGCACCAGUCCCUCCUGCAGCAAAGCACCCCCACAACAUGAUGCUGCCACCCCAAUGCUUCACGGUUGGGAUGGUGAUCUUCGGCUUGCAAGCCUCACUCUUUUUCCUCCAAACAUAACGAUGUUUCAUCAGACCAGAGGAAAUUUCUAUAGGAUAUAGAUACUUGUCUACCUGUUUCCUCCAGCAUCUUCACAAGGUCCUUUGCUGUUGUUCUGGGAUUGAUUUGCACUUUUUGCACCAAAAUACGUUAAUAUCUAGGAGACAGAAUGUGUCUCCUUCCUGAGUGGUAUGAUGGCUGCGUGGUCCCAUGGUGUAUAUACUUGCAUACUCUUGUUUGUACAGAUGAACGUGGUACCUUCAAGCAUUUGGAAAUUGCUCCCAAGGAUGAACCAGACUUGUGGGGGUACACAUUUUUUUUCUGAGGUCUUGGCUGAUGUUAUUUGAUUUUUCCAUGAUGUCAUUGUCAAGCAAAGAGGCACUGAGUUUGAAGUACAAACAGGAGAUACACAGACGCUCAGCUCGGUUACGGAGCACCAAGUACAAAGCGCCAGCAUCUGAGAAAAAAGUUUCAACCAAAGGAAAGGGUAGACGACACAUUUUCAAAUUGAAAAAUCCAAUCAAAGCACCAGAGUCAGUGUCGACGAUCAUUACGUCUGAGUCCAUGUUUUACAAGGGUGUCUACUAUCAAAUAGGAGAUGUCAUUAAAGUAAUAGAUGAGGAGGAUGGGAAACCAUAUUAUGCACAGAUUCGUGGUUUCAUCCAGGACCAGUACUGUGAGAAGAGUGCUGCAUUAACUUGGCUGAUCCCAACUCAGGCCAGUCCACGAGAUCGGUUUGAUCCAGGCACUUACAUUGUUGGCCCAGAAGAGGACUUGCCAAGAAAAAUGGAAUACCUGGAGUUUGUCUGUCAUGCCCCAUCAGAGUAUUUCAAAUCAAGGAGUUGCCCUUUCCCAACAAUACCAGUUCGUCCUGAAAAAGGCUACAUCUGGACUCAUUUAGGACCAACACCUGCUGUUGCCAUCAAAGAAACUGUAGGGUGAAGUUAACCCUUAAAAUGACUAAGACAUUUUAAGAACUUACAAGGGAUUUUUUUUGUUUUUGGAAAAGACAAUUGAAUCCAAUUUCAAAUAUUGAACUGACAUAUGACAGCAAUUAUGCUUGGACCAGGAUAUAUAUAUAUGUAUUUAUAUAACAAAUACAUUUACAACUCAGUGUACAGAAUAUUCAUGAGCAUAUUUGAAUGUGAUUCAGUGAAGUCGCAUUAGUUAAAAUAGAAACAUCAAGUACAGUUAAUAUGUAACAAAAUUCGGAUUGACAAUUUUGUAGCAAAUAUUCCCUGAAUAAAGAGUUCCGCUAAGCCAUUUUACGAGCUUAAAUCUUUAUUCAGACAAGAAGUUAAUGUUUAAAAAUAUAACUUAAUACCACUCAGUUUACAACUCAUUUGUCCUCUGUGCUUCUCACAGAAGAUUUUGAGUUUCCAGUGGCUGAGAGAGUAAGGUCUGCUUGAGAUGAGGUUUCCAUCUGUUUAGCUGCAUGGAAUAUCAUGCCCCUGUCCAGGUGUGGUGAGUCUGUGCUGGUGUCUAAGAUGUGUGCCUGAAACAGAUUCCAACUCAUUUUAUGACUUCUUAUUACAUGAGCAAGUAUGUAUUUCUGCCUAUGUUUUAUUGGGCAAAUGCUACAAAAGAUUCUUUUUAAUAAAUGUUUAGA